GAGAUAAUUUAUUAAGAUUAGUUAAUAUUAUGAUAGAUCCUAAGUCAGUUAGAAUUGUAAAAUUGAUGAAAAACAAUUAAAAGUCAACUUUGUAUUGGAAAAUGGAUAAAAUUAAGAAACGUAUAGCUUUUAGUGGUUUAAUUUGUUGUGAUGCUUUAUUCGUGGUAGAAGGUUAUCCUGAAGAGGACUAUGGACUUCCGUGUUAUGAUUUUAGGUGGAAUUUAGGUGGAAAUGGAUCAAACAAUUCGGUUGCUUUUUCAAAAUUACGAACUUGGCAUAAGAAUAAUUGUACCACUGAACAAUUACCCGAAAUCGAGAUUGAACUUUUGGGUACCCUGAGUGAAGAUUUAGCCUCAAAGUUUCUUCGUGAAAUUUUUGAUCGAGAAAAUAUUCGUUAUGAUCGUUCAUUCAUCGAUCCUACAUUGAAAACACCAGUGACUGGAGUCGUCAUCAAUUCUCUCAAUGGUUCAAGAACUUACACCCAUUUUACUGAACACUACCCUGACAUGUCAUUAGAACAAUAUGUUCACUAUGAUUUGGUUAAUUACGAUUGGAUUCACGUCGAGAGUCGUAAUAAUAUUAAAGGGAUAAUCGAUAUGGUUCGUUUUGUUAGAUCUAAUCAACAGACAGCAACAGAUAAACCGAUAAUCUCUGUUGAAUUGGAACAAGAUAGAGAUGGAUUGUCUCAAGUAUUCAAUGAACAGAUUGAUUACUAUUUCAUUGAACGUGAAUUUGGCCGAAUGAGAGGUUGGAAAGAUCUUGACGAGACUAUUCGGGAGACCUGUAAGUUGAUCAAGUUCGAUGCCCAUGUUAUAUUCGUUUGGGGUGACCAAGGAUCAAGAGUCGCUAAAGUUUCUCAAGGUAAAAUCAUUGGUUCGAUUGGGUCAACGGUCAUUUUUCCACCCAAAAAAGGAGUCGUUGAUACUUGUGGUGCUGGAGAUACUUUUGUUGCUGCGACAAUUUUUGACAUAUUCAUCAGAAAAUCAAAGCCUGAAGAUGCAAUUGCAUUUGGAAGUAAAGUCGCUGGUGCUAAGGUUGGAAUGCCAGGUUAUCAAGAUCUUAUUAACUGGGAAUCAUACAUCUGAUUGUUCACAUUGAUUUUAUACGUAAAUAAGAGUAAUCAUUAAAUUUUCUUUGAUAAACAAA